AUGUUUAUCUAGUUGUUUUAUUUGAUUUGUAAAAGAGUCGAACGAGUCACGUAUUCGCGUGUAUUUGUGUUUGAUCAAGGGUCUGAUUUCCGACAAUUUGUAGUGAAGGAACCCCAAUUUCAUUUGAUCAUUAAUUAUAACAAAUAUUAGAAAAUGGGACUGAAGAAAAAAAGUGUCAAACUUCUAAUAAGACUGAUUUCAUCAGCAAAGACUGGUUUCUUUUAUGUUAAGAGGAAGAAUCCGAGGAUGAAGGCGAACAAACUUGAAAUAAAAAAAUAUGAUCCUCGUGUUCGACGUCAUGUUCUUUUCACUGAAGCCAAGAUAAAUGACAAGAGAGAUAAAUCGUCAUGAUGGUACUCUCAUAUGAUGAUGUUUGAUGAUUAUUGAUGCAUGCUCACAUAGGAAUGGACAAGGCCUUAGUGACUUAAUAACAAUGAAGGACAAUAUGUUCAUGUUUUGCUUUUAAAUUUCGAGACAAUGUAAUAAACUUAAUUCAAUAAAACGAAACUUCAAUCCA